AUGGAAGAAGCUAUCCUCCAACGACACCCCGGUCGAACGGCCGCCACUCAGCACCGGAACAAAAGGGGCAAACCGAUCGACGGCAUUUUCACAACUUCUGGGGUGACUGUACAGGCAGGAGGUUACUACAACUUCGAUGAGUUUUUCUCCUGCGACCAUCGUGGUCUUUGGAUUGAUAUCAACCUGGAGAAAUCUUUGGGCGGGUACAAACCACAGAAGACCCCGUACAAACCCCGCAAACUUACUAUGUUGGAUACUACAGCUGUCCGCCGCUACCUGCAACUCGUUCACAAGGGCUACGAGGAAUACUCCAUCCCAUCUCGAUUGGCGUCCCUACAUCACCAACUACAACUAAAUGAAGGGACCAUGACAGCAACAAUGGAUAACUAUCAAGUGACGGAUGUGUCCAUUGUAACUUCAGCUGGAUACACUGACACACAGCGCGGUCCCGCUAUUUUGAUCAUGAACCAGUUCGCAUCUAUUGGUAAAGGACAGUUCAUCCUCUCCAGCCCACAGAUGGAGCACUUUGGCAUUGAGGUAGACGACCGAUCAUCCAAGGUAGGAGGCAAACAGCGACUCUCUGCUCCAGAUGGUUGGGUCAUUCCUAUGGAGAUUGUCAAUGGACUUCCAUAG